AUGGAAAAUGCUAAGGCUAUUGGCACUCCUUUGAGUCCAACUAUUGUGCUAGAUGAAGACAGAAAUGGAAAAAUGGUUGAUGAAGCCAUGUAUAGAGGAAUGAUUGGAUCUCUACUUUAUUUAACUGCUAGUCGACCAGAUAUUAUAUUUAGUGUAUGUAAAUGUGCUAGAUUUCAGUCAGCUCCUAAGGAAUCCCAUUUGACUGUGGUUAAACGCAUAAUUAGAUAUUUAAUUGGUACUACUGAAUUAGGACUAUGGUAUGAUCAUACUAACAAUUUCUCCUUGAGAGGCUUUUCAGAUGCUGAUUUUGCAGGAGGCAAAACUGAUAGGAAAAGUACCAGUGGGACAUGUCAAUUGCUGGGAAAUGCCUUAGUAUCUUGGCACAGCAAGAAACAAAAUUGUGUUGCUCUUUCAACAACUAAGAGCAAAGCAUAUAGAAAUUAA